ACGACUUUGACGAUCCACAAUGUCCAUCAAUAUCUUCAACGACGAGGCUACAGAAGAAAAGGCGGAGAACGCCCGCCUCUCGUCGUUCGUCGGCGCACUCGCGCUCGGCGAUCUCGUCAAAUCGACCCUCGGACCGAAGGGCAUGAACAAAAUUCUCCAAUCCAUGUCGUCGGGAGACAUAAACGUCACGAACGACGGCGCGACGAUUUUGAAGGCGAUUCAGCUCGACAAUGCCGCCGCGAAGAUUCUCGUGAAUAUCUCGAAGGUGCAGGACGAUGAGGUCGGAGAUGGGACGACGAGCGUGUGUGUGUUGUCGGCGGAGCUGCUGCGAGAGGCUGAAAAGCUCAUCGCCAUGAAGAUACACCCUCAGACCAUUGUCGAGGGCUAUCGGAUCGCGAGCGCAGCGGCUCUGAAGGCAUUGGAGGAGUCUGCUGUUGAUCAUGGCUCUAACCCUGCAACGUUCCGCCAAGACUUGAUUAACAUCGCGCGGACAACCUUGUCGUCGAAAGUUUUGUCCCAAGACAAGGCCUAUUUCGCAAAUCUCGCCGUCGAUGCAGUUUUGAGGUUGAAGGGUUCAACAGAUUUGGAGCACAUCCAGAUCAUCAAAAAGGUCGGCGGAAAGCUGACAGACUCGUACCUUGACGAAGGUUUUAUCUUGGACAAGGCGAUUGGCGUCAACUGCCCCAAGCGGCUAGAAAAUGCCAAAAUCCUUAUUGCCAACACCUCUAUGGACACCGACAAGAUCAAGAUCUUCGGUGCCCGCGUCAAAGUUGACGGGACAGGAAAACUUGCCGAGUUGGAACGUGCCGAGCGGGAAAAAAUGAAACGAAAAGUCGACGCGAUCGCCACGCACGGCAUCAACGUCUUCGUCAACCGGCAGCUCAUCUACAACUACCCGGAGUCGCUGUUGGCUGAGAAGGGCAUCCUGACCAUCGAGCACGCCGACUUUGAGGGCGUCGAGCGGCUGUCGCUCGUCACGGGCGGCGAGAUCGCGAGCACGUUCGAGCGGCCGGACUUGGUGAAGCUCGGGACGUGCGACUUGAUCGAGGAGAUCAUGAUCGGCGAGGACAAGUUGAUCAAAUUCUCCGGCGUCGCGGCGGGCGAAGCGUGCACGGUCGUCCUGCGCGGGUCGACGAACCAGAUGGUAGACGAGGCCGAGCGGUCGCUGCAUGAUGCACUCUCGGUCCUCUCGCAGACGGUGAAGGAGACGCGCGUGGUGCUCGGCGGCGGCUGCGCGGAGAUGCUGAUGAGCGUUGCGGUGGAGCGCGCGGCGAAGACGGUCUGGGGCAAGAAGGCGCUCGCGGUCGAGGCGUUCGCGCACGCCCUCAGGCAGAUCCCGACCAUCCUCGCGGAUAACGCGGGCUACGACUCUUCAGACCUCGUCUCGCGGCUGCGCGCGGCGCAUUACGAGGGACAGCCAGACGCGGGCCUUGAUAUGGAGCUUGGCGACGUUGGCUCCAUGAAAAAGCUGGGCGUCACAGAAAGCUACAAGCUCAAGUGGCAGGUAGUGAACAGCGCGAGCGAAGCGGCGGAAAUGAUCAUCCGAGUUGACGAUAUCUUGCGCGCGGCACCACGGAGGAGAGAAGCAGUUUAGACGACAAGAGUACGAUAUAUAUUGUAAUCAAUGCGGGCUUGCCAACCCCUACCUACGCGGAGCAGCUGACAGAAUUGUGGUCUGCGUCUUCAU